AGGAGGGGCGGUUCCUAGUGGCCGGGCGGUUGGGCAGUGAAAGGAGAGUCUUUUCAGCGCUGAGGACUGGCGCUGAGGAGGCGGCGGUGGCUCCCGGGGCGUUUGAGCGGGCUCACCCGAGCCCGCGGGCCAACGCGGAUCCAGGCCCGACCGCUGGGACCGCCCCGGACUCCCCGCGGGCCUUCCUAGCCGCCAUGGAGGACGGUGUCUAUGAGCCCCCGGACCUGACUCCGGAGGAGCGGAUGGAGCUGGAGAACAUCCGGCGGAGGAAGCAGGAGCUGUUGGUGGAGAUCCAGCGCCUGCGGGAGGAGCUGAGUGAAGCCAUGAGCGAGGUGGAGGGUCUGGAGGCCAAUGAGGGCAGUAAGACCUUGCAGCGGAACCGGAAGAUGGCAAUGGGCAGGAAGAAAUUCAACAUGGACCCCAAGAAGGGGAUCCAGUUCUUGGUGGAGAAUGAACUUCUGCAGAACACACCAGAGGAGAUAGCCCGCUUCCUGUACAAGGGCGAGGGACUGAACAAGACUGCCAUCGGGGACUACCUGGGGGAGAGGGAAGAGCUGAACCUGGCAGUGCUGCAUGCUUUUGUGGACCUCCACGAGUUUACCGACCUCAAUCUGGUGCAGGCCCUCAGGCAGUUUCUGUGGAGCUUUCGCCUCCCUGGAGAGGCCCAGAAAAUUGACCGGAUGAUGGAGGCCUUCGCUCAGCGAUACUGUCUGUGCAACCCUGGGGUUUUCCAGUCCACAGACACAUGCUACGUGCUCUCCUUUGCCGUGAUCAUGCUGAACACCAGCCUUCACAAUCCUAAUGUCAGAGACAAGCCAGGCCUGGAGCGUUUUGUGGCCAUGAACCGCGGCAUCAACGAGGGCGGGGACCUGCCUGAGGAGCUGCUCAGGAACCUUUAUGACAGCAUCCGAAAUGAGCCCUUCAAGAUUCCUGAGGAUGAUGGGAACGAUCUGACCCACACCUUCUUCAACCCGGACCGGGAGGGCUGGCUCCUUAAGCUGGGGGGUCGGGUGAAGACAUGGAAGCGGCGCUGGUUCAUCCUCACAGACAACUGCCUCUACUACUUCGAGUACACCACGGACAAGGAGCCCCGAGGAAUCAUCCCACUGGAGAAUCUGAGCAUCCGUGAGGUGGACGAUCCCCGGAAACCAAACUGCUUCGAGCUCUACAUCCCCAAUAACAAGGGGCAGCUCAUCAAGGCCUGCAAGACGGAGGCGGACGGCCGCGUGGUGGAGGGCAACCACAUGGUCUACCGGAUCUCCGCACCCACGCAGGAGGAGAAGGAGGAGUGGAUCAAGUCCAUCCAGGCAGCCGUGAGUGUGGACCCAUUCUAUGAGAUGCUGGCAGCGAGGAAGAAGCGGAUUUCCGUGAAGAAGAAGCAGGAGCAGCCCUGACCCCCAUCCUGAGUCCAUUAUUUAUUUUGGAGCUGCCCCGCCUGCCCGGGUGGCCGGACCCCUGGGCCCUGGGGCUGUGGAUCCUGGGUCCCCGCUUGGAAAGUCCACUCCUCCGGCUCCUCUCCCUGUUUGUAAUUAACACACUGUUGGUAAUCUUAUUAAUUAUUUAACGUCUCGCG